AUGAAAUCAUCGACUAUUCGAGCAUUGGAUCCAUGUUUAGUUUGUGGUGAUAAAGCAAUUGGUUUCAAUUUUGGUGUAUUAUCAUGUAUGGCAUGUAAAGCAUUUUUUCGACGAAAUGCUGUUAAACUUGGUACUUAUGAUUUUAUUUGUCCAAAAGAUGGUGAUUGUUCAAUAACACAUACAUAUCGUCGUUUAUGUAAUUGUUGUCGUUUAGCAAAAUGUUUUCGUGUUGGAAUGCAAAAAGAUUUAAUACUUACCGAAGCUGCAAAAGAAGCAAGACGACAAACUGUUGCACAAAAUCGUCAAAAACGUGAACAAGCAUCAAAAACAAAAUGUUUAGACUUGGUAUGUAUGAACAUAUUUAAUAAAAUUUCAUAG